CCGCCUACCUGCCUAACUGUCCACCUUGCCUUGCCCCACCUCGCCCGAUUUGCCAGAGCUUCCUGAAGAAAGAUCUGUCUCUCCUGGAAACUGAACCAAGGAAGAGGCUUUGGGCAUCAGUAGAGUCUCAUUUCUGUGUCCCUUGGGCCUGCCUUGACCAUGAUCUCUGCCUGGCUGUGGCUACUUUGCUUCUCUGUUAUUCAGACUUUCACCGCUGAAGCCCAGCCUACAGAAAGCCUGCAUACAGAAGUCCCUGAAAACUAUGGUGGAAAUUUCCCUUUUUACAUACUCAAGCUACCACUACCCUUGGGGAAGGAUGAAGGUCAGAUUGUCCUAUCAGGAGACUCGGGCACAGCAGCUGAAAACACCUUUGCUGUGGAUCCAGAUUCUGGCUUUCUGGUGGCAACGAGGGCCCUGGACCGGGAGGAAAAGGCAGAGUACCAACUCCAGGUCACCUUGGAGUCUGAGGAUGGACAAAUCUUGUGGGGUCCACAGCUUGUGACUGUGCAUGUGAAAGAUGAGAAUGACCAGGUACCCCAAUUCUCCCAGGCCAUCUACAGAGCUCAGCUGAGCCAAGGCACCAGGCCUGGGGUCCCCUUCCUCUUCCUGGAGGCUUCUGAUGGGGAUGCACCAGGCACAACUAACUCAGACCUUCAAUUCCACAUUCUGAGCCAGUUCCCAGUUCAGCCUUUACCAGAUAUGUUCCAGCUGGACCCUCAACUAGGGGCUCUGGCCCUUAGUCCCGAUGGAAGCACCACCCUAGAUCAUGCCCUUGAAGAGCAUUACCAGCUAUUGGUACAGGUCAAAGACAUGGGCGACCAGCCUUCAGGCCACCAGGCUAUGGCGACCUUAGAGAUCUCCAUAGUAGAGAACAGCUGGACACCCCUCGAGCCUGUUCACCUGGCAGAGAAUCUCAGAGUGGCAUACCCGCACAGCAUUGCCCAGGUGCACUGGGGUGGAGGGGAUGUGCAUUAUCAGCUGGAGAGCCAGCCUCCAGGACCCUUCGAAGUGGAUGCAGAGGGGAGGAUCCACGUUACCAUGGAACUGGACCGAGAGGCUCAGGCUGAGUACCAGCUCCAAGUCCGAGCUCAGAAUUCCCGUGGUGAGGACUAUGCAGAACCCCUGGAGUUGCAGGUGGUGGUGAUGGAUGAAAAUGACAAUGCACCUGUCUGCUCCCCACAUGACCCAACAAUCAGCAUCCCUGAGCUCAGCCCCCCAGGAACUGAAGUGGCCAGGCUCUCAGCAGAGGAUUUGGAUGCCCCCGGAUCACCCAAUUCCCACAUUGUGUAUCAGUUGUUGAGCCCUGAGCCCGAGCAGGGAGCUGAAAACAGAGCCUUCGAGAUAGAUUCGACCUCAGGCAGUGUAACACUGGGAACUGCCCCACUCCAUGCGGGCCAGAAUGUCCUGCUUCAGGUGCUGGCUGUUGACUUAGCAGGAUCAGAGGGAGGCCUCAGUAGCACAUGUGAGGUGGCAGUCAUGAUCACAGACAUCAACAACCAUGCCCCUGAGUUCAUCAAUUCCCAGAUUGGGCCUAUAAGUCUUCCUGAGGAUGUAAAGCCUGGGUCUCUGGUGGCCACACUCGUGGCCACUGAUGCUGACCUUGAGCCUGCUUUCCGCCUUAUGGACUUUGCCAUUGAAGAAGGAGACCCAACAGGGAUCUUUGACCUGUCCUGGGAGUCAGACUCUAACCAUGUCCAGCUCAGACUCCGGAAGAACCUCAGCUAUGAGGAAGCUCCUGAUCACAAGGUGGUGGUGGUAGUGCGGAAUGUAGAGGAACUGGUAGGCCCAGGUCCAGGCCCUGCAGCCACAGCCACGGUCACUAUACUGGUGGAAAGGGUGAUACCACCCCUCAAGUUGGACCAGGAGAGCUAUGAGACCAGCAUCCCAGUCAGCACCCCAGCUGGCUCCCUCCUGCUGACCAUCCAGCCCUCGGACCCCAUGAACAGAACCCUCAGGUUCUCCUUGGUCAAUGAUUCAGAAGGCUGGCUCUGCGUCAAGGAGAUGUCUGGGGAAGUAUACACAGCCCAGUCCCUGCAGGGUGCCCAGCCUGGAGACACAUACAUAGUGCUUGUGGAGGCCCAAGACACAGAUGAACCAGAAAUGAGCACUUCCACCACCAUUGUGGUCCACUUCCUGAAGGCUUCUCCUGUCCCAGCAUUGAUUCUGGCCUCUGGGCCCAGCCGACACCUCUGUACACCCCGCCAAGACUACGGUGUGGUUGUGAGUGGGGUCAGUGAGGACCCUGACCUGGCCAACAGAAAUGGUCCCUACAGCUUUGCUCUUGGUCCCAAUCCCACUGUGCAGCGGGAUUGGCGCCUCCAGCCUCUCAAUGAUUCCCACGCCUACCUCACCUUGGCAUUGCACUGGGUAGAGCCUGGUGAAUACACGGUACCUGUGGUUGUCCACCAUGAUGCCCAAAUGUGGCAACUCCAAGUCCAAGUGAUCGUGUGUCGCUGCAAUGUGGAGGGUCAAUGCAUGCGCAAGGUGGGUCGCAUGAAGGGAAUGCCCACGAAGCUGUCGGCGGUGGGUGUCCUCUUGGGCACCCUGGCAGCGAUAGGUUUCAUUCUCAUUCUUGUCUUCACACACCUGGCCCUGGCGAGGAAGGACCUGGAUCAGCCGGCAGACAGUGUGCCCCUGAAGACAGCCGUGUGAGUGAUCUAAGCAGCCCCAGCUGGGAGGUCUACCCCAGCUCCAUUUGAUCUCACUGAGAGAGGACCCAGAACCCAAGAUGCACUGGGGACCAAGAGUCCUUCACCUUGUUGGAGUGGAGACACUGUCACCAGGCAUGUCCCCAAAGCCUGAGCACUUACUUUACAGGACAACCAUGGGAAUACUCCAAAUGGCAGCUCUUUGUCCAGUAAUAAAGGCUCAGAGAGCUAGACUGGA